CCUGAUGCCCUUGUUAUAUUUUUUCCUUCAGUGCAUGCUCAUGCUCCGCUUGAUGCAGACAGGAGAACUGUUUCAGUUGGCCACAUGUGGACUCACUGCUGGAUACAUAGCCUUUUUUAAAAAUCAUCAUCAUCAUCAUUGUAAUUUAUUCUUAUUUUUGUCACCUGUAGGUCUUUAGGUAAAACUGGACCAUGCUGUACCUUACACAGCUAACCGGCAUGGUUCUUCUCGCGCUCAUAAAUGGCGUGCAAUCCAACAAUUGCUCUGACCUUAUGCUGAACCCUCCUGAGCUGGUGGUAAAAUAUGGAGAUAGUGUCUCAGUGAGCUGCUAUUCCCUGUCCAAAGACACUGAUCUGUACUGGAUAGUUCCACUGGGAACUAUUUCCUAUUCUGAUAAUAUGACCGUCAUCUGGAAAGCAGACAAUCUGACAGACUGGGAAGCACAGCCUGCAUGCAACAGGACCGUGGAUGAUAUGCAAUGCAUCAGAACACUCCCGCUUACUGUUUACAAGCUUCCAGACCUGGUGUCCAUCAGCACCGUGAAUCACUCAGGGCCAAUGACUGAAGCCAGAGAGUACAAGCUCCGGUGUGACAUUCAGAAUGUUGCUCCUAUUCAUCUUCUCACUGUGGCCUGGUACAAAGGACCUGAUCUAGUGACCAGCAAAAGCUUCACUGACUUAUUUCAGAAGACUCCAAGAGCAGUGUUCACUGAGCUCCAAAUCAUCCCCAGCAGAGGUGAUGAUGGAGUUCAGUACAGAUGUGAGGCCAAGCUGAAUCUGGAACAUCAGCCUUCUAUUACAAUGACAUCAGAUCCUCUCAACGUUACCGUAACCUCGAAACCCAAAAAUUGCUCUGACCUUGUGCUGGACCCUCCUGAGCUGGUGGUAAAAUUUGGAGAGCCUAUCUCAGUGAGCUGCCGUUCUCUGUCCAACGAUACUGAUCUGGACUGGAGCGCUCCAUUGGGAAAUACUUUAAGACCUGAUAAUCAGACCAUCAUCUGGAAAACAGACAAUCUGACAGACUGGGAAGCACAGCCUGUGUGCCACAAGACCAUGGAUGGCGGACAAUGCGAAAAAGCUCUGCGGCUCAUAGUUUACAAGAUUCCAGAAAAGGUGACUAUCAGUGUCAUGAAUCACACUGGGCCACUGGCUGUAGGCAAAAAGUAUGACCUCCAGUGCGACAUUGAGAAUUUUGCUCCUGUAAAUGUCCUGGCUGUUUUCUGGUACAAAGGGGAGACGUUAGUGAAAAACAGAGGAUUCUCAGACUUGCCCACCAAAACUCCUAGUAAUAAGACUGUUACACUGAAGAUCACCCCCAGCAAAAGUGACUCUGAUGAUCCUUACUGGUGUGCGGCAAAGCUGAAACUGGGAGCAACAGGACCUCAACCUCCUCCUAACGUGACUUCAAAUCGUCUCAGCGUCGCAGUUCACUACAAACCUGUAAUAAGCUGUUCAGAUUGGUUCCCUUUCGAAAAUACCCCCUUGAGCUCAUAUCAUUAUAAUGUUAUGGGAAAUCCAUUGCCAGACAUCACCUGGUCUCGAGACCAAUCAAAGAUCAGCUCCGACACGCAUCUCAACAGGAGUGACUCGGGCCAGUAUACACUCAUUGCCAGUAAUGUGAUGGGAAUUUCACGCUGUAACACAGAGAUCACCGUGGAGUAUCCUCCUACAUUUAACUGUUCUGAUAGCUAUACGGGGAUAGAGCAUAAAUCCUUCUUAUAUCAAUGUUCAGUUAUGGCUUCUCCUGUAGCAGACAUUACUUGGAAAAAAGAUGGAAAAACAGUGAGGCCUCCUCAAAAUCUCACAAAGGCAGACAGCGGCAAAUAUGUGAUAACAGCCAUGAACAAGCAUGGAACUGUACAACACAUUCUGACCCUUGAGGUUCUGGAUAAAUGUCCCAUUACAAUUCAGCCUGCUGAACUAGUGGUGGAGUUUGGUGCUUCAGCCACAGCUAACUGUUCCACAACCAGCACCCACAAUGGCAUGGGCUGGGAGGCAGUGGAUGGAGAAAUAGACAUGAAGCAAGGUGUCCAGUUCCUCAUCUGGAGGGUAGAGAGCGUCACAUACUGGAGCACGAAACCAGUGUGCUUCAUCAAUGCACACGAACAGUGCACUGUCCAUCUCCCAGUUACUGUUUACAAGCGUCCAGACUGGGUGUUGAUCAACACCUUGAAUCACACGGGGCCAAUGAUUGAAGGCAGCGAGUACAAGCUUGAGUGUAAACUUCAGAAUGUUGCUCCUGUUCGUUUCCUCACUGUGAACUGGUACAAAGGACAGUCAAGACAGCUAGUAAAAAGUGAAGAAUUUCAGAACUUUUCCUCUUCAGAACCACUAAAUAUUUCUACCACACUCGGGAUCUCCACAAGCAAAGAAGAUGAUGGAAUUCAGUACACAUGUGAGGCAGUGCUGAACCUGGGACCAAAAGGACCUCGACCUCCUCCUAUAAAGUCAUCAGACCCUCUCAGCAUUAGAGUGUACUACAAACCUGUAAUAAGCUGUUUAGAUUGGUCCCCUUUGGAAAAUACCCCCUUGAGCUCAUAUCAUUAUAAUGUUAUGGGAAAUCCAUUGCCAGACAUCACCUGGUCUCGAGACCAAUCAAAGAUCAGCUCCGACACGCAUCUCAACAGGAGUGACUCGGGCCAGUAUACACUCAUUGCCAGUAAUGUGAUGGGAAUUUCACGCUGUAACACAGAGAUCACCGUGGAGUAUCCUCCUACAUUUAACUGUCCUGAGAGCUAUACGGGGAUAGAGCAUAAAUCCUUCUUAGAUAAAUGUUCAGUUAUGGCUUCUCCUGUAGCAGACAUUAUUUGGAAAAAAGAUGGAAAAACAGUGAGGCCUCCUCAAAAUCUCCAAAAGGCAGACAGCGGCAAAUAUGUGAUAACAGCCAUGAACAAGCAUGGAACUGUACAACACAUUCUGACCCUUGAGGUUCUGGAUAAAUGUCCCAUUACAAUUCAGCCUGCUGAACUAGUGGUGGAGUUUGGUGCUUCAGCCACAGCUAACUGUUCCACAACCAGCACCCACAAUGGCAUGGGCUGGGAGGCAGUGGAUGGAGGAAUAGACAUGAAGCAAGGUGUCCAGUUCCUCAUCUGGAGGGUAGAGAGCGUCACAUACUGGAGCACGAAACCAGUGUGCUUCAUCAAUGCACACGAACAGUGCACUGUCCAUCUCCCAGUUACUGUUUACAAGCAUCCAGAUCAGGUGUUGAUCAACACCUUGAAUCACACGGGGCCAAUGAUUGAAGGCAGCAAGUACAAGCUCGAGUGUAAAGUUCAGAAUGUUGCUCCUGUUCGUUUCCUCACUGUGAACUGGUACAAAGGACAGUCAAGACAGCUAGUAAAAAGUGAAGAAUUUCAGAACUCUUCCUCCUCAGAACCAGAAAACCUUUCUAAAACGCUCGAGAUCUCCACAAGCAAAGAAGAUGAUGGAAUUCAGUACACAUGUGAGGCAGUGCUGAACCUGGGACCAAAAGGACCUCAACCUCCUCCUAUAAAGUCAUCAGACCCUCUCAGCAUUACAGUGUACUAUGCUCCCGAAAUCCAGUCAGUCAGUCCCUCAGGAGUGGUGAAGGCAGGCAGCGACGUGUCUCUGAACUGCACAGCAAAUGGAAAUCCAGAGCCUGAAGUGUGGUGGAGCUUUCAAAAUCAAACUAAGGCCACUGGGAGGCGACAGACAAUCCUGAAUAUUUCUGAAGCCAAGCUUGCUGAUGCUGGUGAAUAUUUGUGCACUGCUAGAAAUAGACAUGGGGGCCAAACAAGAACAGUCUCACUGAGAGUGCAAGAAAGCAACAUGCGCACAAUAUUAAUCACUUGUGGGGUUCUAUUAGUAGUUAUAAUCUUAAUUGCAUAUUUUUUUUACAAUCGUACCAUGAGUAGACGAUCUGGAAAGUACACCGUACAGGCUAAUGGUGAUGUCUCUAUGUCACUGCUGAGGUAGAAUGAUAGAAAAUGUACGACAACCAACACAGAAAUAAACUAAAGGUACCUCUGAGUGAUUUUAGAAUUAGAUAGGCAUUUGUGACUGAAGACUGUCUGUUGCUGCAAUUGCUGCCUAUUGCUGUAAUAAUAUGUACAAUUGUUUUUAUACUUUGCAAAGAAUUUAUGUAUAUUUAUAAGGUGUGUGUGUUUUUAUACAAAUUUUAAGCAAUAUCUCAAAAAAGGCCCACAGAUACAUAAAUUCGCUUGACUUUUGAACAGGGCGUCGCUAGGGCUAAUCUUAAUCCAGCCCCAAAUGUUUUAUCCCGUAUUUUGAGUUUAGAGGAAUUAAGUAAUGAUUGGUUUAGUUGAGCACUGUUGCCAUUUACUGUACGCGAUUUUGACUCACAUCUCUCUUCACACACACACAGGCCAAAAUACCACAAGAGUGUGCACUCAAAUAUGCUCUAGAACCGCUAUUGCGAUACUGUAACGUCAUACACCUAUCGGUCUGCCCAGCGUCUGAACAUCAUGACUUUCUUUUAUACAACUAAUGCAGUAUUUAAGUUAUAAUACAUACAUGACUUAGGCGAACAAUGGGCCAGAACAGACUCCAUCAUUCGGCUGUUCUGUCUAUUAGAAGAGGAAUUAUAAAUUAUAAAAAUCUUAGUAUGGUAACUGACCGUUUUGCUCAAGUCAAGUCUCGGAGAUAUUCUCUGAUGAUUCCACCCUCAAAGAAAUAGGAUCAAAAAGUCACCAAGAGCAUGAAAUAGACAAGAUACAAGUACAGAUGCGAGAAUGAGAGAUGAGAGAACAAUAAGAGUAGAGAAGAGAAGAGAAGAGAAGAGAAGAGAAGAGUAGAGAAGAGAAGAGAAGAGAAG